GCCUAAAGAUGCAGUUAAAGCACUAAAGAAGAAGCUUUCAAAAAACUGUAACCAUAAGGAGAUCAGGCUUACCCUGUCUCUGCUCGAGAUGUGUGUAGAGAACUGUGGCCCAAGAUUCCAGUCCCUGGUUGUGAAGAAAGAUUUCUGUAAAGACAAGCUGGUGAAACUCCUGAAUCCAAGAUACAAUCUGCCAAUUGACAUGCAGGAGAAAAUCUUGACCUUUAUCAUGACGUGGGCCCGAGGUUUCCAAGGGAUGGUGGAUGUGAGUGAAGUAAAAGAAGUUUAUCUGGAAUUGCUGAAGAAAGGAGUGGAGUUUCCAUCUUCUGACACCAGCAGAGGAGGACUUAAGACUUCACCUCAGCCUUCUACAAAGUCAUCACCAUCUUCUGCUCUUCCUGCAAAACGUUCUUUAAUGCCUCUUCCCACAGGCCCAACAUUAUUGUUGACUCCUGAGCAGAUUGGGAAACUGUACAGCGAACUGGAUAUGGCCAAAAUGAAUGUGAGAGUCAUGUCAUCAAUAUUAAAAGAAAAUGUUCCUGGCUCUGAAAAUCCAGAUGAUAUGAAUCUUUUACAGAAACUGUAUAAGACCUGCCGGAUGAUGCAGGAAAGGAUCAUGGAACUGUUGGUGACAGUGGAGAAUGAAGAUGUGAUAGUUGAGUUAAUCCAAGUAAACGAAGAUCUGAAUAAUGUCCUCCUGGGCCAUGAAAGGUUCUCUCGAAACAGAGUUCGGUUUUUGGAGAAUCAGAGAAUAGAACGUGAACGCACAGAGCUGUACAGGAAGCAGCCGUCUGCUCCUUCCAGUGAUCUGCUUGACCUCUCCAUAGAUUCUCCGUCUCCUGUGUCAGCUGUGGCACCAACUGACUCUGCAGUGUCUCCUUCAGGCUUCAAUUGUGUAUCUGCACACCCUGAAGAUAAAAACAAGCAUCAUCCAUCGAUUUAUCCUCGCCUAGAUUUAGCAACUACUACAAAAGCUCAGCAAUUCCCAUUUGCAACUGAAGCACAAAACAAUAGUGUAAGCAACCCAUCUGGACAUUCAUAUAGCAAUCUGGCGACUCUUUUAAGCCCAGUGCCUCUGAAUCCAGUAAACCUGCAGGCUGGAAAUACUGCAUCGCUAAAUGGAGCAUCACCAGCAGCUGCAUCAAAGAACAAGUCACAAUCACCCCAUUACUAUGAGAUAAUGGAAUUUGAUCCCUUGGCUCCCACUGAAGCUAUUUAUGAAGAAAUUGAUGUCAUGCUGAAGACAGAAGUUAAAAGGAAUACGGACUGCUGA